AAAGCCACGCCUCAUACGGGAAUUAUUUUUUUUAAAACAGCAGUGCUCGUCAAAAGGAGGUCUCUACUCUUUCUUCUCUGUGUGUGUUUUGGUUAGUCAACUGCUAGCUACCAGUGACAGUGAUAGAUAAGUACAUACAGCCAGAGGAAACAGUCAAGCCUUAAAGAGAUGUCUGGUGGUCCCUUCUCCUGCUUCUCCAAACAGGGAAUACUACUUAUCCUACUCUCUAACCUCCACUAUGGUGUGGGUGUUUCUUCACACCUGUCAUUCCACAAGACAGUAGGGGAUUCCGUGGAGAUCCCCGCAGGCUUAGAGGGGCAAAAUGUCACCAUAAUGCAGUGGAAAUACAGAGGAAAGGAUAUUGUAGAAUUCAACUCAGAAGUUGUAUAUUCACGAGGAUCCCAGUUUGAGGGGAGACUUGAGAUGAAUGUCAUUAACUUCAGUUUAACAAUUAGGAAACUGACUCUGCAAGACUCAGGGAAAUUUCUAGUUACUGCUGAAACAGACGAGCAGAUUCCCACUAAGGCUGUCACUCUUCAGGUUCACGAGCCUAUAUCGAAGAUGGUGAUCCAGACAGACAUCAAGCUAUUGGGCAACCACUCCUGUACGGUGCGGCUGGUGUGCAACGUGUCCUGCUACCCCAACCUUACCUACACCUGGGAGAGAGACAAUGAGAUCUACGGGGAUGGCCAGCAGAUUCACUUCUCUCUAUCACCAGCAGAGGGAGACAUCAAUGUAAAGUGUAACGCCUCCAACCUAGUCAGUUGGAAAACUGCCUCUGCGACAGUAAAGUGUAGUAAUGACACAUCCACCCGAGGACAGGCAUGGUAUUCCAUCUACAUCGGAGUAUCAGUAGGAGGCGCUGUGGUGCUGAUCCUCACUGUAGCUGUGGCAGUGUGCUACUGCAGGACACACCAUAACAAAGCAGAUCUAACUGACAACACAAUAUAUGCUGAUGUUAUGGACAACACAAGAAGUAGAGAUACAAGAUCAAACAGUCAUGUAAACCCAAUAUCCAACUAUGAAACUGUCAAUGAUCUGGUUAUCCCAAGAUUGAACAAGCCGCAGACUCUGUAUGACAAGAUCACGUUUGGACGCCGGGAAGCCCACCCUUCUCCUUUCCAGGAAGUAUUGUGAGCUGAACAGGAUGUGGUCACAGGCUGCGCCUUACAUAGAUAUAGAACCCUCUGCAUCCACUGCAUCUUACACAUGUACAUUCUGAAGAUAGGCCUAGAUGUUACUGUUUAAUUUCACGCCCUACACUUUUUUUUCAUGUUUGUAAUCUUCCCCCUUUGUUGAUCUCAUAUAUACAUUUUAUAUAUUUACAAGUAUGUGGACACCUAUUCAAAUUUAUGGAUUCAGCUAUUUCAGUCAAUCUCCACAGACAAACAUUGGCAGUAGAAUGGCAGCACUGAAGAGCUCAGUGACUUUAAUCAUGGCACCGUCAUGUUUUGUGACUGUUUUUCAUGGUUCCCGCUAGGCCCGUAAGUUUCAGUGAAGGGAAAUCAUAAACCUACAGAAUACAAUAACAUGCUAGACAAUUCUAUACUUCCAACUUUGUGGCAACAGUUUGGGGAAAGCCCUUUUCUCUUUCAGCAUGACCAUGCCGUCAUGCACAAAGGGAGGUGCAUACAGAAAUGGCUUGUUGAGAUCGGUGUGGAAGAACUUGCCUGGCCUGCACAGAGCCCUGACCUCAACCCCAGUGAACACCAUUGGGAUGAAUUGGAACGCUGACUGCGAGCCAGGCCUAAUUGCCCAACAUCAGUGCCCAACCUCAUUAAUGCUCGUGGCUGAAUGGAAGCAAGUCCCCAGCAGGUGUCCACAUACCUUUGGCCAUGUCGUAUGUAUACAGUACCAGUCAUAGUUUGGACACAUCUACUCAUUCCAGGGUUUUUCUCUAUUUGUACUAUUUUCUACAUUGUAGAAUACUAGUGAAGACAUCAAAACUAUGAAAUAACAUAUAUGGAAUCAAGUAUUAACUAAAAAGGUGUUAAACAAAUGAAAAGAUAUUUUAGAUUUUAGAUUGUUCAAAGUAGCCACACUUUGCCUUGAUGACAGGUUUGCACACUCUUGGCAUUCUCUCAAUCAGCUUAAUGAAGAAUGCUUUUCCAACAGUUCCCACAUAUGAAGGAGUUCCCACAUAUGCUUAGUGCUUGUUGGCUGCUUUUCCGUCACUCUGUGGUCCAACUCAUCCCAAACCAUCUCAAUUCGGUUGAGGUGGGGUGAUUGUGGAGGCCAGGUCAUCUGAUGCAGCACUCCAUCACUCUCCUUCUUGGUCAAAUAGCCGGUACUCAGCCUGGAUGUGUGUUUUGGGUAAUUGUCCUGUUGAAAACCGAAUCAUAGUCCCACUAAGCGCAAACCAGAUGGGAUGGCGUAACGCUCCAGAAUGCUGUGGUAGCCAUGCUGGUUAAGUGUGCCUUCAAUUAUAAAUAAAUCACUGACGGUGUCACCAGCAACACACCCCCACAACUCCUCCAUGUUUCACGGUGGGAACCACGGUUGGAACCAAAAAUCUCAAAUUUGGACAGAUCAGACCAAAGGACAGAUUUCCACCGGUCUAAUGUCCAUUGCUCGUGUUUCUUGGCCCAAGCAAGUCUCUUCUUCUCAUUGGUGUCCUUUUAGUAGUGGUUUCUUUGCAGCAAUUUGACCAUGAAGGCCUGAUUCACGUAGUCUCCUCUGAACAGUUGAUGUUGAGAUGUGUCUGUUACUUGAACUCUGUGAAGCAUUUAUUUGGGCUGCAAUCUGAGGUGCUGUUACCUCUAAUGAAAUUAUCCUCUGCUACAGAGGUAACUCUGGGUCUUCCUUUCCUGUGGCAGUCCUCAUGAGAGCCAUUUUCAUCAUAGCGCUUGAUCGCUUUUGUGACUGCACUUGAAGAAACUUUCAAAGUAGUUGACUUUUUCCAGAUUGGCUGACCUUCAUGUCUUAAAGUAAUGAUGGACUGUCGUUUCUUUUUACUUAUUUGAGCUGUUCUUGCCAUAAUAUAGACUUGGUCUUUUAACAAAUAGGGCUAUCUUCUGUAUACCACUCCUACCUUGUCACAACACAACUGAUUGGCUCAAAAUAACACAUUUUUGGUUAAUACUUGAUUCCAUAUAUGUUAUUUCAUAGUUUUGAUGACUUCACUAGUAUUCUACAAUGUAAAAAAUAGUAAAAAUAAAGAAAAACCCUUGAAUGAGAAGGUGUGUCCAAACUUUUGACUGGUACUGAAUCCAGUUGAAGUCGGAAGUUUACAUACACUUAUGUUGGAGUCAUUAAAACUUGUUUUUCAAGUUCUCUGUGUGUGUGUGUGUGUGUGUGUGUGUGCGCGGACGUGAGGAUGCGUGCAUGCAUUAGCACCUUUUUUUAUUCUAGAGAUUCAGGCUAACUUUUUUUAUUAAAGGUUCAGUGCAUCGA